UUUAAAAAAAAAAAAAAAAGACUGAUGAGAAGUCUAUAAAAACCUAAGCUCCCAAGAUCUAUCAUGCUUGGCAGCUGCCGCCUUGCCUCACCCACACUUCUGAUACCUGAGAGGACUCUCCUCCCUCACUGUUCACCAUGGCCCACCGAUUUCCAGCCCUCACCUCAGAACAGAAGAAGGAGCUCUCAGAAAUUGCCCAGCGCAUUGUGGCCAAUGGAAAGGGCAUUCUUGCUGCGGAUGAAUCUGUAGGUACCAUGGGAAACCGCCUGCAGAGGAUCAAGGUGGAAAACACAGAAGAGAACCGCAGGCAGUUCCGAGAAAUCCUCUUCACUUCGGACAAUUCCAUCAACCAGAGCAUUGGGGGAGUGAUUCUUUUCCAUGAGACCCUCUACCAGAAGGACAGCCAGGGAAAGAUGUUCAGAACCAUCCUUAAGGAGAAGGGAAUUGUAGUGGGCAUCAAGUUAGACCAAGGAGCUGCUCCCCUUGCAGGAACAAACAAAGAAACCACAAUUCAAGGGCUUGAUGGCCUCUCAGAACGCUGUGCCCAGUACAAGAAAGAUGGUGCUGACUUUGGGAAGUGGCGUGCUGUGCUGAGGAUUGCUGACCAGUGUCCCUCCAGCCUUGCUAUCCAAGAAAAUGCCAACGCCUUGGCCCGCUAUGCCAGCAUCUGUCAGCAGAAUGGGCUGGUGCCUAUUGUUGAGCCAGAGGUGCUUCCUGAUGGAGACCAUGACCUGGAACACUGCCAGUAUGUUUCUGAGAAGGUCCUGGCUGCUGUCUACAAGGCCCUCAAUGAUCAUCAUGUUUACCUGGAGGGCACCCUGCUGAAGCCCAACAUGGUGACUGCUGGGCAUGCCUGCACCAAGAAGUACACACCAGAGCAAGUGGCUAUGGCCACGGUCACAGCUCUCCAUCGCACUGUUCCUGCAGCUGUUCCCGGCAUCUGCUUCUUGUCUGGAGGAAUGAGUGAAGAGGAUGCUACUCUUAACCUCAAUGCUAUCAACCUCUGCCCUCUGCCAAAGCCCUGGAAGUUGAGUUUCUCAUAUGGACGGGCCCUGCAGGCCAGUGCACUGGCUGCCUGGGGCGGCAAGGCUGCCAACAAGAAGGCAACUCAGGAGGCUUUCAUGAAGCGGGCCGUGGCCAACUGCCAGGCAGCCAAAGGACAGUAUGUUCACACGGGCUCCUCCGGGGCUGCUGCCACUCAGUCGCUCUUCACGGCCUCCUACACCUACUAGGUCCUGAUGCCGAGCAGUCAGGCUCCAGCUCUCCUAUGCAUCUUGUUAGAAGGGUUGAAAAGGUUUCAAUCAGCCCUAGAAAUUACACAAAAUUCAACGGGAACAGCUGAACAUAUAAUGUAUGUAAAUCUUAAACAUAGGAGACAAGUUGAAUCAGCCAUUAAAAUAUGAGUAUGAAUACCAAGUAACUGACGAAAUUUCAUAGGAUAGUUUCCACACACUUCCAGCUCCCCAUACUCCAGAACAUUCACCCAAGAAAAGACCAGGCUUUACAAGAAGCCCAACUCUCCACCCACACUGUAGCUGCUGAGGGUGGAGAAAUGCAUCUUAUGAAAUGACUUCAGCUGUGGUAGAUUAUAAAGGAGACACUGACAGUAAAAUAAAAUAAAAAUGUUUUGUAAACCUUA